CUCCUUCCUUCUUUGUGCCUUUUCUUGGAAAUGAAUCUAGUUGUGGGGUUGAAAUAAUACUUUUUUUUUCCCACUUUUUUUUUUUUACUUUUCUUUAAUGAAUAUUUUCGGACUAAUACGAAAAACACGCAAGGAUAAGAAAACAAACUCUUUAGACUUGAGAAAGACCCAAUCAAGUCCUGUCAUCAUUACAACAAACACGCCAUCUAACUUGAAGCCUAUUUUGACCAAUGUAUCAACCACCACUCCUAUGAUCAAGGAAGUUGACGAUGAAGAUAGUCACCUCUCUGUCUCUCAUUCAAACAAUACUAAGGGUGAUAAGGAAAAUAAGGAACAAUUGAAAAUUGACAAGGAACAAUCAGAGGCACUUGCAGAAAAAUUAAGGGUCAUUCGUGCUGAUGAUAUGGAACUCUUAUUAUCGAUGGAAACACAAGCAAGAAUGGAUCAUUUGGACGAACAAAGAGAACGACAAAAAGCAUUGGAAAAUAGUGAUAAUCAGCAUCAUCAUCCUAAACGAUUGAAAUUUGCUCUUCCUGAAACACCAUUACGUGAUCCACCAUCAUCAUCAUCAUCGCCAUCAUUGCACCCAGAGUCAUCUCCUGAUAAUAAUACAACCAUCAUCCAUCCUGCUACUUCGAUAUGUAUCAACAAGACAAACACGCAUAAUGAUGAGGAUGGUUAUACCCCUUUAGCCAAACGAUGGUCUUUACCUGAAGAUGCAAUUCGUCAAGAUAUGAAGAAGAAAUCAAAGCUCUCUACAUCCCUGGCACCUUCCAAAUGGACACGGUAUCUUCUCCCUUCCGCAAACAGGUCUGAUGCAUCUUCAGUUUAUCCUUCCACCAUAUCAACAACCAAAUCAAAUCAUGUCCCUCCAUCUACUGUAACUUCAAUUGAUGCCUCUCGUCGUGCCCCUUUACGUUAUGGUUGUAAAGUCAAAUGGAUUGGGGUUGAAUUGGAAAGUGCUGUGGGAAAAACGGAUGGAUCUGUGGAUGGUCAACGUUAUUUUUAUACAGGGCCUUACCGGGGAUCCUUUUUGACAAAAGAUGAAUUGAUGAUAGUUUAGCCAGUUCCCUGUUGUUGUUGUUUUUUUUUUUUUUUAUACAUACUCCAUACACACAUAUAUUUUCACACACAGACACAUACAGUUAUAUUUGAAAGGUUUUGUAUAUAUAUUUUGAUUACACAAUUUAUUUUUUUUUUACACUAGUCUAGUUUUUCUUACCUCACGCAGAGUUCCUUUUUUUUCACACGAUCAUAUUGUGAUCCAAAUUUUUUGUUACCUUAUUCUACAUGUCCUUCAUAUAGCCUUCUUCUUUAUAUCAUCUUCCCUAUAUCUAUA